AUGGGUCUACGCUUUAACACUAGCAGUGUGCGCGUGCACUUCACUCUUUGUGACGUCAUUACCGGUCGCGUCCUGUGCGGCGGAAGCGGAUGCGGGCAUCCCCCGUCGGCGACGGGUGCCACGCGGCGACAGAUACGCGACGGAAGAUACGCCGCGAAAGAUACGCGGCGGAUUGAUACCCCCAGCCAGGCGCCAGUGACGGAUAUUUAUGGGCAGCGACUAUCCGGCCACGAUUUGCAGGGAAAAGGAGGCCGGGACCGCCUCUCGAAUGCCACCGCAGAGGUCCCGCAU